AUGACCCGUGUUUGGGGCCUUCAAGCUGAUUUUGAAGCCCUAGACAUUGGGAAUGGAUUCUUUAUCAUCAAAUUUGACAUGGUUGAAGACUAUACCAGAGUCUAUACUGAUGGGCCACGGAUAGUCAUGGAUCACUAUGUAACGGUUAGUAAAUGGCAACAAGACUUUAAAUCCGAUAAGGCUGAGAAAGAUACCACAGCUCUAUGGGUGCGAUUUCCGAAUUUACCCAUAGAAUACUAUAAUGAGAAAGUCCUAUAUCACAUUGCCAAGGUCCUAGGCGUUCCAUUGAAGGUUGAUAUUAACACAACUAUGGCCUCUAAAGGAAAAUAUGCGAGAGUCUGUAUUGAAGUAGAUCUGCGAAAGCCCCUUGCUUCCCAAUUCUCUAUUAGUAAGAAUACUUAUAUUAUAGAAUAUGAACAUUUACAUUCUGUUUGUUUCUCUUGUAGCAGGGUAGGACACGUGAAGCACGUUUGCACUGAAAACCCAACGAAUGAGGCAAAUAAACAACGACAUGAUGUUGCCGGAGAAGGAAACCAAGGUAAAGAAGAUGAAGCUCAGACUGGGCUGGGUCUUACCAAGGAUACUGAAAUGGGUGAACCAAGCCAAAUUAGAUAUGGGCCAUGGAUGAAGGUUACUAAUCAAAGAAGGGCCCUAGGCCUCAAAAAGGUAACACUAUACAACAAGUAA